AUGACCCGUACCAAGUCAUUGAAGGCAACUGUGUUAGAUGCUAAUCUCAACAUUGUCACUUCGGAGAUUGUUAAUUUUGAUUCUGAGUUACCCCAUUACAAAACCAAAGAUAGUGUGUACCGAGACACAUCGGUUAAUGGUCGGAUUGUUUCACCCACUUUGAUGUGGGUGGAAGCAUUGGAUCUUAUACUUCAAAGACUUGAGAAAUCAAAAUUGAAAUUUUCAAAGAUUGCUGCUGUUUCCGGUAGUGGCCAGCAACAUGGCAGUGUGUAUUGGAAGAAUGGCAGUUCUGUUAAGCUAUCAUCGUUGGACGCCAAGAAACCACUAGUGGAUCAACGUGGUGAUGUCUUUUCAAUUAAGGAAUCGCCGAUAUGGAUGGACAGCAGUACCACUGAGCAAUGCAAAGCCAUUGAAAAGGCUGUUGGGGGUGCUUUGGAGUUGUCUAGACUUACUGGUUCUCAUGCGCAUGAGAGAUACACUGGUCCUCAAAUUAGGAGGAUAUUCGAGACACAGCCUGAAGUUUAUAACAAUACGGAGAGGAUUUCUCUAGUUAGCUCUUUCAUGGCAUCUCUUCUUAUUGGGGCCUAUGCUUGUAUUGAUCAAACUGAUGGGGCAGGGAUGAACUUGAUGGAUAUUAACCAGAGAGCUUGGUCUAAAAUAUGUUUGGAGGCCACCGCCCCAGGUUUGGGAGAAAAACUGGGAAAGUUAGCCCCUGCACACGCUGUUGCUGGCUUUAUUGCUCCCUAUUUUGUGGAGAGCACUGAAAACUACGUCGAUUAUGUGGUUGCUUGUGUUGAAGUUGUGUUAAAUACAGUGCGUGUGUGCAUUUUACUCUCCCGAUAUACAUUGGCAGCUGUUUCACUUCAACAAAGACUUUUGGUUGUUCAGUGGUCCGGAGACAACCCUAACAGCCUAGCUGGGUUGACCCUCAACACUCCUGGAGACUUGGCAAUUAGCCUUGGCACAAGUGAUACUGUGUUUGGGAUAACCACUGACCAUAAACCCAGCUUGGAAGGGCAUGUUUUUCCAAACCCUGUCGAUAUAAAAGGCUACAUGGUAAUGUUGGUCUACAAGAAUGGGUCUCUGACUCGCGAAGCAAACUCCACCUCUAAAUGGUGGGAAGUGGGUUUUUACUACAAGGAGCAUGAAAUACUUCCUCCGCUCCCAGCUGGUUUCCACCGUUAUAUCCUUGAGAAUUUCAAGGGAGACUGUUUAGACGAUCUCAGUGAACGUGAAGUGGAAGAAUUUGGUCCUCCUUCUGAGAUUCGAGCAUUGGUUGAGGGUCAAUUACUUUCUAUGCGAGCUCAUGCUGAAAGAUUUGGAAUGCCUUCUCCUCCAAAGCGGAUUAUAGCUACUGGUGGAGCGUCAGCAAAUCAUUGCAUUAUAAGCUCAAUUGCUUCCAUCUUUGGGUGUAAUGUGUAUACAGUUCAAAGACCCGACUCGGCUUCCCUUGGGGCGGCAUUGCGGGCUGCUCACGGUUGGUUGUGCAACAAAAAGGGUAGUUUUGUGCCGAUCUCACGUAUGUACAUGGACAAGCUGGAUAAGACAUCUCUUGGCUGCAAGCUUGCGGUGUAUGCCGGAGACCAAGAACUUGUCGCCAAAUAUGCUUUGCUCAUGAAGAAGAGAAUGGAAAUUGAGAACCGUCUUGUCCAAAAGCGGGGACGUUGGUAG